AAUUAAUUGCGACCAUCCUCAACUCAUUUUAGCUUCAAGAAACGCUGAUUCAUUGAAUUUGUAUAAUGAUUAACCCAAAACAACCACAACAAGAAGUUGAAGAGGAGGACUACAUGUCCGAAGCGUUCCUGAACAACCUAGUGCAGCAGGAGAACCAGGACGUGAAGGCCAAAAAAGCCAAUAUGACCUACUCUGAGCGACGACGACAAAAACAACUUGAACAUAUUGCUAAUCUCCCUAAACCACUCCAUGUACGUGAGAAAGAGGCACGUACUCAGGGCUUGCAAAAGGAGAUUGGAGAGGAUAACAAGGGCAUGGCCAUGUUACUCAAAAUGGGCUUCAAGAAAGGUGGGACAUUAGGGGCACGUAAACAAUCAUCAGACAGUGAACUUGUUCCUACCUUAUCACCUUCAAAUCUCAACGCAGAGAAUGUAGCCGCUCGUCCGGAAGCGUUAAGAGUACCGCUGGCUAUUGAGAUUAAACAGGGACGUGGGGGAUUGGGGAUGGAUUCUGAGCGAAAAAGACAGGCAGAGGAAGAACUAAAGCGACAUGAAGAGGAAGCACGCCUUGCAUUCGAUCAAGAUUUCCGUGGUCAGAAGCGAGAUCUAUUUGAUCUGGCGAAAUGGACCCGUCAGCUUACAGCAGCACGAAGCAUCUGUAUGCGCAUGGACUCUAACAGUGCAAGAAGAAAAACGGAGCGGAUGGAGCCAGAAAACCAAAAGAAGGUUCCAGAAGAAUCUGACCCUGCUGCUGAUAUAGAGCAUAAUCAAAGGAGACGAUCUAAUCCUUUCUGGUGGAUUGAUGAUUCUGUAUCGGAUGAAAUUCUUGGUACAUCAAUGAUGGGGCCUGGCGCUCAUGUAGAGAAUGAGCAAGAUCAAGGAGUGACACCUGAACUAAUGACGUCAGAACUUGGUGACGACGAGAGAAGGGGAAACGAUCUCAGCCACGGAGUAGAGAAACGGAUAAAACUAGAUCCGUUACAAAGUGCCGAAAUAUAUGAAGACGUGGUCCAAGAAGAAGUCGAAGAGCCACCCAAGUGGGGAGAGCGGCCCUCAUUUGCUCAGUUAGAGGUUCGUGAAAAGCUUGAUAGGGUUGUGAAAUACCUCCGAGACGAGUACUGUUAUUGCUUCUGGUGCUCCGCACUUUAUGAUAGUCCCACAGAUCUAAAGGAAAUCUGUCCUGGGGAGUCAGAGGAUGAUCAUUAGUCUUUUCAUUAUUAAGGCAAAGGCAGUGAAACCAUUCUCUUCCGCCAUUAUUAUUUAUUUUAUGUCAUUGUUUUUAUUACUAUUAAAGCUGUCGU